AAAAAAAAAAAAAAAAAAAAAAAAAAGGAAGGAAAAUAAAAUAAAAAGUGUAGAUUAUUGUGGGCUUGAGGACCUGAAGGAGGAGAAUAGGCAGUCUUUGUCCUGUAAGUAGGUUCAGAUGGGCAGGAUAAGAGAAUUCUUUUUCCAUGAUUGGAGAGGAUGGGAAGAGAAAUGUAGGAGUAAAUGAUGGAAGAAUGAGCUAAAAUGGAACAUGUAGUUCUCUAUGCCAUUUGAAGGAGAGAGAGCCAACUAAGCAAGGGAUUAUGCUACCAGACAGUUUAAGAAUGACACUUAACUUCCCCAAAGAAGUCAUUCUCUGAUCAAAUUCCCAGCCUCAACUUUUGAUUUUUAAAAAAAUUUAUUUCAAGGAGUAUUUUUGAACUUGAAAAAGAUCUAGCCCGUUUUGUAUUUUUAAGUCUUUGUAGAUCUAACUUCAGAUUUUUAAACAAUCAUUCCCUGAGUAAUGGAAUACAUUUUAGUUAGGUGUUUACUGUGAGCAAAAGUAAUUGUGAUCCAGAGGAGGAGAUGAGACAACUCUCAGAGCUUACCUUCUCACCUUCCUCACUUGGGGUCUAUGCACUUUUUUAUAAUGUUGGUAGUUGUAAUCAGUUUCCUCUAUCUUCCCAGGAAGGUAAAAAUUGUAUUCUGAAAAGGGUCUGUGGGCUUUGCCGGCUACCAAAGGGAUCCCUGACAUAAAAAGGAGCUGGCUAUAAUCAUCUACGUCCUUCCCAAAAAAUAUGGAUUGCUUUGGCCUAGGAAUCACAGUGAAUGACAGUUAAUCAGAAUAUAUUUUCAUGGAGACAUAAUGUUCCAGACCCAGUACAAUCCCUAAUGUUAUUUCUCAUAUCAAUGUUUUAUUCUAUUGCAUGGAGCACCUAUCUCCUAUUAUGUAGAAGGCUUUUAUCUUUUAAAAUGCUGGCCACAUUUCAAACCUCUGAUAUCCAUAAAUUACAUUUCUUAAAGACUUUUCGAGCUCUGAUAAACAGAAAAAAUAGCUAGAUUGCACAAUUAAAGGUUUUCUGAUCCUAGGCUUGAUUUUCCCUUUAAGUUAUAAACGAGUACAAGCAGUAAUCUUGACCUUUAACUUCACAUUUGCUACUGGAAGGUGUAAUGACACUUUUCAGUGUUGCCUUGAAGAUUGCACUCAGCUUGUACUUCUCCAGUGCCUGCUGGAUGCCAGGCAUGGUGCUAGACUCUGGGGGUGCAGCAGUCCCGUCAGAAGUUGGCACAUUCUAAUGGCAGUUGCAGAUAAACAACAAAACCGAGAAAGGGCACGGAGUCCCAAGCACGUGGCCCUUUGGGAUGAGGUUUAUCACCUAGAAAUAGCCAUGAUUAAGGUUUGCCUUUUAUUCCUCUAAGUGAGCUGCCAACUGCAGCAUUUCCUGCUAGGAACACCUAGAAGAUUGGUCCAGUCACUGGGUAGAUCACAGAUGAGCUCAUUUAUGCCAGUGUUAAAGAUGGAUGGAGAUAGUUCGACCACAGAUGCAUCACAAUUAGGAAUUUCAGCAGACUACAUUGGUGGCAGCCACUAUGUGAUACAGCCUCAUGAUGAUACAGAAGACAGCAUGAAUGAUCACGAAGACACAAAUGGUUCAAAAGAGAGUUUUCGAGAACAGGACAUCUAUCUUCCUAUUGCCAAUGUGGCGAGGAUAAUGAAGAAUGCCAUACCUCAGACGGGGAAGAUUGCGAAGGAUGCUAAGGAGUGUGUACAAGAGUGUGUGAGUGAAUUCAUCAGCUUUAUCACAUCUGAAGCCAGUGAAAGGUGUCAUCAGGAAAAGCGGAAGACCAUCAAUGGAGAGGACAUUCUUUUUGCAAUGUCAACUUUGGGUUUUGACAGUUAUGUGGAACCUUUGAAGCUUUACCUUCAGAAAUUCAGAGAGGCAAUGAAAGGAGAGAAGGGGAUUGGCGGAGCUGUCACGACCACAGAUGGAUUGAGUGAAGAGCUCACCGAAGAAGCUUUUACUAAUCAAUUACCAGCCGGUUUAAUAACCCCAGAUGGCCAGCAACAAAAUGUUAUGGUUUAUACAACAUCAUAUCAACAGAUUUCUGGUGUUCAACAGAUUCAAUUCUCAUGAUUUCAAGAAAGUUGAACUGAGAACAUAAAAAGACGGGAGAGACACGGACAAUUCUAAGCAGAGACGUUACAUACGAUACCAUGGGGAAAAGAAAUGUCUCUUUGUAUAUUAAUAGCUGUAAUGUAGCUUCCCUGAUGCUUGACUAAUUGAGGUGUGAAUUCUGACUGGAGAAUCUUUUUUCAUGAAUGAUUUCAAUGGAAAAAAAAAAAUUUGGAUUUUAAAGGUAUUAAAAUAUUUUUGUUUUGUACAAGAGUUUGUUGCUCUGUAUGACUCCUGUAUGCAUUGUAUAUUGCGAUUUAUUACUGUCAGAGAUUUGUAGACAGUUUCUUAUUUUCAUAUUGAAUCAUGUUACUUUUGUAUAAUUCAAGUAAACAGCUGGGUUAAUUCAUGAUGUUUGCCCUUUUAAUAAAAUAUGAGGGUAGAGUUCAUUUUGAAUGCAAGUUGCCUUUAUUAUAAAAUUGAGUUGGUCUUGGUUAUAAAAUUGAGUACUGUCUUGCAUGAUAACCUUAGCUAGAUUUUUAGCUGUUUGACAUAUUUAUUGAAACUUAAUUUUUAAAGGAUUUUUUUUCUCCUCUUUUUUUGGUAAACCAUUUACAACUUAAAUGGCUACAAAUGUUUGGGGGGAGGUUGGGAACCUUUUAUGUAAUUAAAAAAACUAAAUGUCAAUCCCUAACCAAGCAUUGUCCAAACCUAUUAAAUUUAAAGAUGCCCUCUGCCCAUUAACAGUGUUCACAAUUACCAACGCUGUUUAUUGUGCCUGUUAAUUAAUAGGGUAUGUUGUUUUGAGUUAGUUGUUGAAGGUCUUCUUUUGGACAGAUCUCUCUCUCUCUUAACUUAUGAACAUUACUUUAUUUCAUUAAUAUGUUGAAUUUAAUUUGGUCAUAGUGCUAUUGAAGUGACAACUUUUUUCAUUUUAUGUAUGGUUUUUUUUUUUAAACAAAAUCUUAAAAUACAACACUGUCCUCUUCUAGAAGAAUUUUAUAUAAUCUGGUGGCAAAUGAGCUCUUUUUUACUUUUUAAUUGAAAUGUUCAAGUUUCCUGUUAUACUAGGGGAACUGUAAGAACUGUUAAUGGACACCCUGUGUACAGAUAUAUUUGAUGCAUGAGUGAGUGAAUGAGUGAAUGAAUGAAUGACCUGGUAGCAAGUGAGUGCAAAGUGGGAAAGAGAGGGCUCAAACUUUGGGUUUGUUGUCUCUGUCUUUGCAAUAAACUCUAAUUAGAUAAUA